ACAUUGCACUAGGUUAAUUGCUUACGACGUCAUUUAACUCUCCCUUGAAACUUGUCUCUUCCUUGUCAAGCAAACAUGAGACCUCCUCUAACUGGUGGACGUGGUGGUGGUGGGUUCAGUGGUGGACGAGGAGAUAGCUCUGGAGGUAGAGGUAGAGGAGGAGGAAGAAGAGGUUUUGGAGACCGUGGACGCGGCAGAGGCAUGAGAGGAGUACGUGGUCGCGGAAGAGGAGUACCUGCUCGCGGAGGAAUGAAGGGAGGCAGCAAAGUGAUUGUGGAGCCACACAGACACGCUGGAGUGUUCAUUGCAAAGGGUAAAGAAGAUGCUCUUGUUACUAAGAACUUGGUUCCUGGUGAAGCUGUUUACAAUGAGAAGAGAAUCUCCGUUCAGAAUGAGGAUGGAACCAAGAUUGAGUACAGGGUGUGGAACCCUUUCCGUUCUAAGUUGGCAGCUGCUAUUCUCGGUGGUGUUGAUAACAUUUAUAUCAAACCUGGUGCUAAAGUUCUAUACCUUGGUGCUGCCUCUGGAACCACAGUCUCCCAUGUAUCUGAUAUUGUUGGACCUGAGGGAUGUGUUUACGCUGUUGAGUUUUCUCACAGAAGUGGUAGAGAUUUGGUGAACAUGGCUAAGAAGAGAACUAAUGUUAUUCCAAUCAUUGAAGAUGCCAGACACCCUGCUAAAUACAGAAUGCUCGUAGGCAUGGUUGAUGUUAUCUUCGCUGAUGUUGCUCAACCAGAUCAGGCUAGGAUCGUCGCUUUGAAUGCAAAUUUCUUCCUCAAAACAGGAGGUCACUUUGUUAUCUCAAUCAAGGCUAACUGUAUUGACUCAACAGUUCCAGCAGAAGCUGUGUUUCAGAGCGAAGUGAAGAAGCUGCAACAAGAGCAGUUCAAGCCAGCAGAGCAAGUGACGCUUGAGCCUUUUGAGCGUGACCAUGCCUGCGUCGUUGGUACCUACCGUGCGCCUAAGAAGGCCAAGGCUGCUACUGCUGCUUAGAAAGUUCAGAGAUUUAUUUUGGAUUUGUUUCACUCCUUUUUUGUACCUCAGAUUUUGCUUCUAUCUUCCUCCCUUUAGAAUCAGGCUUUAGGUUUUUUAUCCAAGUUUUGAGUAUGUAUACUUUUUGAACCUUGUUAGGCUUUUUAAUCGUGAACUUAUUUAAUCAGAACUGGAUUUUAGAAAAAGUUCUAUAAAAUUUCCUGACUUGUUUGUUUGAAUUAUAAUCAUAAAUAUAACAUGAACCAACUUUCCCCCUCGUGGUGAUGAAUGUCAAUGGUGAGGUUAAAAAAAAUAAUAUGAGAAAAUAUAUUCUUGAACCAGGGAUUUGCUCGUCACGGCCAUAAUCCACAUACCACAUGCCACCAAUACCUGUAACUGUAAGCAACUAUAUUUAAUGGUGAUUCACAAUCACGAUUCACAACUCUUUAUUUAGUGAGCGAGGACGUUUUACUUAUAUUCACGAAAUGAGCACACAGAAGAUAGCAGGAGAAAAAGUAGUUUUCAUCAAAAAAUGAAAAUUAAUAAAAAGAGAAUUGUCAGAAGUGGGAUUUGAACCCACGCCCUCUUUCGAAGACCAGAACUUGAGUCUGGCGCCUUAGACCACUCGGCCAUCCUGACUAUUUUUAACAAGUCUAAUGAAAAGAAAUAAUAUCUGUGCUUAUGUAAAAUAAAACAAUUUCUUGAGCAAAUUAGUAAUGUAAAAGUCUUGAAUUCAUAAAAGCUAGUACAGGGUUGCUUGAAUUCAUAAGUUGUUAGUACAGGGUUGUUUGAAUUCAUGUGAAAGUUUAAAUUAGUUGGUUGAUACAUUUAAGUCAGACGAGUAGAUGUAUCUGACAUUUGGUAGGUUUCAGUUGCAUUUAUCUUUUCUUUUGGAAGAAAAUAGCAAAAGCACCGUUUGUUACUUCACUGGUCGAGCAGUUUCCUAGAGCCUAAUAAAGUUACUACUGGUGGUACCAAACCAAUGAGAGAACACAAACAAAAAAGCCUUAGAGCUACAUAUUCAUUUUCAAAGCUAAACAAAA